AUGAAUGUGAACAAUAUCAAUACAGAAGAUAAUGUUCCAAUUCCAAAUCAACCACUACAAAAGAAAAAAUGCCACGGUAAUCGAAAAGAUCAACGUUUUAGAAAAAAAUGUCGUGUACGGGGAAUAAAUCCAGAAAAAAUAGAACAGAAACUUGCCCGACGAAAACAAAUCAAACAGAAGAAAAAUUCAGCAAAGCGCAAUGUUAAAGAAACAAACAAGUCGGCAGUGACAGUACCCAAUUCAGCAAAUAUUCGAAAUCAACCGACAACAACAACUAUGACGACGAGAAGAGGUAUUAAUAAACGUAAAAGAGAUACCUCUUUACAAGAACUCAAUACCAAUCAGGCGUUAACAAAAUCAUCACCUUCAAUCACAACAACAAAACCUUUAGCGAAAAAAACAAAGAAGCAUCAUAGGAAAACAAUUAUUAAUUCAUGUAUCUUGAUAAUCAAUGGUGAUUCAGUGAAUAGGAAUUAUCGACGACCAUUGUAUUUGACACAAUCAUCAUAUAAACUUUUUCAAAUAUUAAGUAAAAGAUUAAAUUAUUCACUGAAGAAACAAGAUCAACAAGAAUUUAUCUAUAAACGAUUAAAUUUAUUCGAUCAACAAUAUUAUCUGGAAAUGGAGCAAUGUUUAUGGCAAUCUUAUUUAGAUAUUGGUUUACAAGAACAGGUGUGGCCGGAUGAACUCUAUACAAUAGCUAAAACGACAGAUGAUAAAAAAGUAUGCCAUGAUUUUCUUGUGAACUAUGUAGAAAAUUUGAAAAAACAAAUAAUGGACUGUCAAUUGCAAUUAAAUGAGCAAUCUCAGUCGUGUCCAGUGACAAGGUUGACUUUAGAUCAAAUUGACCAUUGUUUGAAAGAAUAUGUUCAUAGCGAAAGAAGUUAUCUAUCAGUGCAAAAUAAUGAUCAAAUAAUUAAAUUUAAGUCUUAUAUUCGUGAAAAAGAUUUAUUUAAAACAAUUACUUCUUAUCAAUUAAGCAUCGAUUUGAAUGAAUACAUGCAUAAAUUAAUAACCAUACGAGAACAACAAGGUGAAAUUUGGAAAGAUUAUCUUAUGUUACAAAUGCGAAUUCUAUGCAAAUUUUUACCACAAAACUUUGAUCAUUUAGAAAAUUUUAUUGGAUCUAUCAAUUAUUUACCAGUUGACAACACUCAAAAUAGUAUUGAAAUAAAAAAUAAACGUUAUAAACUGAUACAAGAAACAAAACGUACUUGGUUAAAUAUAUUUUUCAAUGUUUAUGAAUACAAACUACAAAAAUGUGAACAACAACAUCAAAAUGAAUUGAAACAACUAGAAACACAACUAUUCAAUAAUAAUAUUACAAACGAUGGAGUAUCUGUCUUGAAUAAGAUGAAAGAAUACAUAACUUUCCGGACAAUUCGAUUAAAACAAGAUAUCGAUGAUCAAAUAUCAUCUGCUCGAGGUUUACUACUUCAAAAGCGUCAUCAAUCAUCAUCAGCUAAAAAUAUGAUUGGUGUAUCACCUGAACCAUAUAUUGAUCUUAUUGUCAAUCCAUUCAAUACAUUACAAUGGAAUCAACUAUCACUUGGCCCCUCUUAUAUAAGAUUAAAUCAAAGUGCUAUUUGUCGAGAAAAAAAACAACUGAAAGAAAUACAAAAGGAACAUAAAGCGAUUUAUAAGAAAGUUGAAUCGAAUCUAAUUAAUUAUCAAGGUAUUCCAUUGAAAGCAUCCGUUUUUAAACAAUAUUCAACGAAUCUUUUUAAUUAUCUUCGACAUUGCUAUUUGGCUCCAUUAUCAUAUAAAGAUCACCUAGAAGCUCAACAACAGGCACAUAUUGCUAGAUCAAUUCGAACGUUAAUUAAAGAAAAAAAUCUAAUUAUUCGUCUUACUGAUAAAAGUCAUAAUUUUUAUAUUGGUUCAGAAACGGAAUUUAACAAAAAGGUUCAAAAAUUUUUCGCUGAUACAAAUGCUUUUAUGGAGUUGUCUGAAAAUCCAUUUAAUGAUAUUGCUAACAAAGUCAUUCAAUUCCUUAAUAGACUUCGUGGAAAAGACUUUAUUCGGAAAUGGCACUAUGAACAAAUGAUGCCUGAUCGAACUAAAACUCAAUUAGCUCAUUUAUAUUUUAAUCCUAAAACACAUAAGGAUAACAUACCCGUUCGACCAAUUGAAAAUACUAUUCAUGCUCCAACAACAAAUAUUUCAAAAUUUUUAGAUAAAAUAUUACAACCUAUAUUCAAUGACAAAUGUAAAGAAACAAAUAUUAUUGAUGGUGCUUCUCUCAUUGAAAGACUUCAUAAAUAUAUUCGAAAAGGUCUGUUUAAAUCAUCAACUCUUUUUUGCACAUUUGAUAUUCAUAACUUAUACACAAUGUUACCACAAAAAGAAUCCAUUAAAAUACUUGGUGAAUUUCUUGAAGUACAUGGAUAUACAAAAGUCAAAGGAAUUGAUGUUACUACAAUAAAAGAAUUAGCAACAAUUGUAUUACAAGAAAAUGCUUUUGUCUAUGAUAAAAAAGUUUAUAAACAAACAACUGGUGGAGCAAUGGGUUCAUCGUUUACGUUAACUCUAGCAAAUAUUUUUAUGUGGAAAUGGCAAAAAGAGUUCGUACGUCAACAGGAUAUAACAAAUGAAUUUUAUGGAAGGCAAGUAUAUAUUGAUGAUGUUUUUAUGACAUGGAAUCGGUCUGAAAAAGAGUUACGAAAACUAUUAGAUAACGCCAAUACAUGGCAUUCAAAUAUCAAGUUAGAUUAUAAAAUUGACAAAAGUCUACCUUUUCUUGAUGUACUUCUCACAAAUAAUAAUGGUAUUUUAUUAACAUCUGUCUAUCAUAAACCAGCAGCUGAACCCUAUGUUACACCAUUUCUUUCUGAUCAUCCUCGUCAUGUCUUUAAAAAUAUUAUAGAAAAUGCACUUACCAAGGCCGUUCGGUAUUCAUCUACAAUACNACUCGCUACCUUAAAUCUCUGUAUAUAUAUACGUCACUCUUUUUCAAAAGAUUGA